UUUCACUAAUCAACUUCAAGUAAUUGUUCCAUAAUUGCCUCGCUCACUACGCUAGCUACCAUGGUUGCCAAAAAUCAUUUCUAUCAUAUUUCAUUGGCAAUGCUUCUCUGCAUGGCUUUCUUGGCUUUUCAAGUCACAUGUCGCACUCUCCAAGAUGCAUCCAUGUAUGAGAGGCAUGAGCAAUGGAUGACUCGUUACGGCAAGGUGUAUAAGGACCCUCAGGAACGGGAAAAGCGUUUCAGGAUAUUUAAGGAAAAUGUGAAUUACAUUGAAGCUUUCAACAACGCUGCCAAUAAACGUUACAAGCUAGCCAUUAAUCAAUUUGCAGACCUCACUAACGAAGAGUUCAUUGCACCCAGAAAUAGAUUCAAGGGGCAUAUGUGUUCCUCAAUCAUUAGGACAACCACUUUUAAGUAUGAAAAUGUGACAGCAGUACCAUCCACAGUGGAUUGGAGGCAAAAAGGAGCAGUUACACCCAUCAAGGACCAAGGUCAAUGUGGAUGUUGUUGGGCAUUUUCUGCUGUUGCAGCAACUGAAGGAAUUCAUGCACUGACUUCUGGAAAAUUAAUAUCUUUGUCGGAGCAAGAACUUGUUGAUUGUGACACAAAGGGUGUGGACCAAGGUUGUGAAGGUGGUCUUAUGGAUGAUGCUUUUAAAUUCGUCAUCCAAAAUCAUGGACUCAAUACCGAAGCCAACUAUCCCUAUAAGGGUGUUGAUGGAAAGUGCAAUGCAAAUGAAGCAGCCAACAAUGCUGCUACUAUUACUGGGUAUGAGGAUGUCCCUGCCAACAAUGAGAAGGCACUGCAAAAAGCUGUGGCCAAUCAACCAGUUUCCGUAGCCAUUGAUGCCAGUGGCUCUGACUUUCAAUUUUACAAGAGUGGUGUCUUCACUGGUUCAUGUGGAACUGAGUUGGAUCACGGUGUCACUGCUGUGGGAUAUGGUGUUAGUAAUGAUGGGACUGAAUAUUGGUUGGUUAAGAACUCAUGGGGAACCGAGUGGGGUGAAGAAGGUUACAUUAGGAUGCAAAGGGGCGUGGAUUCUGAGGAAGGACUCUGUGGCAUAGCUAUGCAAGCAUCUUACCCUACUGCAUAAUUAUAAAAUCUGGACACCAUUAUAGUAUAUAUUUACAAUUCUACUUAUCUUUUUAAGCAUUGAUUCCUCCUAUAGGUCGUGUAUAUCAUUAUAUCCCCUGCGUUAACACAAUAUUGUACAUUGUACUUGUACCAAUCUAUUACAAUUCAAUGAAAAAUGAGUCAUAUAUGGUUA